AUGCCUGAGGAAGUGCACCAUGGAGAGGAGGAGGUGGAGACUUUUGCCUUUCAGGCAGAAAUUGCCCAACUCAUGUCCCUCAUCAUCAAUACCUUCUAUUCCAACAAGGAGAUUUUCCUUCGGGAGUUGAUCUCUAAUGCUUCUGAUGCCUUGGACAAGAUUCGCUAUGAGAGCCUGACAGACCCUUCGAAGUUGGACAGUGGUAAAGAGCUGAAAAUUGACAUCAUCCCCAACCCUCAGGAACGUACCCUGACUUUGGUAGACACAGGCAUUGGCAUGACCAAAGCUGAUCUCAUAAAUAAUUUGGGAACCAUUGCCAAGUCUGGUACUAAAGCAUUCAUGGAGGCUCUUCAGGCUGGUGCAGACAUCUCCAUGAUUGGGCAGUUUGGUGUUGGCUUUUAUUCUGCCUACUUGGUGGCAGAGAAAGUGGUUGUGAUCACAAAGCACAACGAUGAUGAACAGUAUGCUUGGGAGUCUUCUGCUGGAGGUUCCUUCACUGUGCGUGCUGACCAUGGUGAGCCCAUUGGCAGGGGUACCAAAGUGAUCCUCCAUCUUAAAGAAGAUCAGACAGAGUACCUAGAAGAGAGGCGGGUCAAAGAAGUAGUGAAGAAGCAUUCUCAGUUCAUAGGCUAUCCCAUCACCCUUUAUUUGGAGAAGGAACGAGAGAAGGAAAUUAGUGAUGAUGAGGCAGAGGAAGAGAAAGGUGAGAAAGAAGAGGAAGAUAAAGAUGAUGAAGAAAAGCCCAAGAUCGAAGAUGUGGGUUCAGAUGAGGAGGAUGACAGCGGUAAGGAUAAGAAGAAGAAAACUAAGAAGAUCAAAGAGAAAUACAUUGAUCAGGAAGAACUAAACAAGACCAAGCCUAUUUGGACCAGAAACCCUGAUGACAUCACCCAAGAGGAGUAUGGAGAAUUCUACAAGAGCCUCACUAAUGACUGGGAAGACCACUUGGCAGUCAAGCACUUUUCUGUAGAAGGUCAGUUGGAAUUCAGGGCAUUGCUAUUUAUUCCUCGUCGGGCUCCCUUUGACCUUUUUGAGAACAAGAAGAAAAAGAACAACAUCAAACUCUAUGUCCGCCGUGUGUUCAUCAUGGACAGCUGUGAUGAGUUGAUACCAGAGUAUCUCAAUUUUAUCCGUGGUGUGGUUGACUCUGAGGAUCUGCCCCUGAACAUCUCCCGAGAAAUGCUCCAGCAGAGCAAAAUCUUGAAAGUCAUUCGCAAAAACAUUGUUAAGAAGUGCCUUGAGCUCUUCUCUGAGCUGGCAGAAGACAAGGAGAAUUACAAGAAAUUCUAUGAGGCAUUCUCUAAAAAUCUCAAGCUUGGAAUCCACGAAGACUCCACUAACCGCCGCCGCCUGUCUGAGCUGCUGCGCUAUCAUACCUCCCAGUCUGGAGAUGAGAUGACAUCUCUGUCAGAGUAUGUUUCUCGCAUGAAGGAGACACAGAAGUCCAUCUAUUACAUCACUGGUGAGAGCAAAGAGCAGGUGGCCAACUCAGCUUUUGUGGAGCGAGUGCGGAAACGGGGCUUCGAGGUGGUAUAUAUGACCGAGCCCAUUGACGAGUACUGUGUGCAGCAGCUCAAGGAAUUUGAUGGGAAGAGCCUGGUCUCAGUUACCAAGGAGGGUCUGGAGCUGCCUGAGGAUGAGGAGGAGAAGAAGAAGAUGGAAGAGAGCAAGGCAAAGUUUGAGAACCUCUGCAAGCUCAUGAAAGAAAUCUUAGAUAAGAAGGUUGAGAAGGUGACAAUCUCCAAUAGACUUGUGUCUUCACCUUGCUGCAUUGUGACCAGCACCUACGGCUGGACAGCCAAUAUGGAGCGGAUCAUGAAAGCCCAGGCACUUCGGGACAACUCCACCAUGGGCUAUAUGAUGGCCAAAAAGCACCUGGAGAUCAACCCUGACCACCCCAUUGUGGAGACGCUGCGGCAGAAGGCUGAGGCCGACAAGAAUGAUAAGGCAGUUAAGGACCUGGUGGUGCUGCUGUUUGAAACCGCCCUGCUAUCUUCUGGCUUUUCCCUUGAGGAUCCCCAGACCCACUCCAACCGCAUCUAUCGCAUGAUCAAGCUAGGUCUAGGUAUUGAUGAAGAUGAAGUGGCAGCAGAGGAACCCAAUGCUGCAGUUCCUGAUGAGAUCCCCCCUCUCGAGGGCGAUGAGGAUGCGUCUCGCAUGGAAGAAGUCGAUUAG